UUUCCCGUCGAUGGCAGCUCAGCUACAUUAAUUUCUCCAAAUACUAAAAGUCGUUGUAGAAAGACACUUUACUUUCUUGAUUCCAUUCCUUUUUGGAGUAUAAGUGCAAAAAUAAUGGAUUGUGAAAGAGAAGAUGUAGCCUUAAAUGGAAAGAUAGAAAUGAUCGAAGAGAAUUCUGCUUCUGUUGUAUAUAAUGACUUGGUCAUGGAGAAAGUAAAGAAGACGAAGCUAAAUGUGGUCGAGGCUGCUGCUAAGAUCAAUUCCUCCGAACUUGUAGCUUUCCUUCUUGACAUAACAGAACGGUAUGAUACAAAGCAGGAAAUACAACUGAUGCGACUGGCAGAUUAUUUCGGAGCUGCAUUUUCGAAAGUUAGCACAUCUAAGUUUCCAUGGAUAAAGAUACUCAAGGCAUCGUCUGUUGCCAAAAUGGCUGAUGUCCCUCUUUCUAACCUACCUGAAGACGUCUACAAGGUCUCGGUGGAUUGGCUUAACCAUUUAUCCUCAGAGGCACUGGGUUCUUUUAUUCUGUGGUCACUGGAUAACCUUAUUGAUGACCUUUUCCUUCAUCAGGGGGCUACGAAGAGAUCAAAUAAGGUGGUUCAGCAAGCAACUUCCAGAUCUCAGGUUGCCAUCUUCAUGGUUUUGGCAAUGAUAUUGAGAUGCCAACCUGAUGUCUUGAUCAGUCUGUUGCCGAUUCUCAAGGAGAAUCCUAAAUACGAAGGUGAAGAUAAGCUUCCAGUCUUGGUGUGGCUAAUCAUUCAGGUUUGCCAAUCGGAUUUGGUAGAUGGAAUGUUCAUGUGGGCACAUUUUCUCUUCCCUAAGCUUAAUAGUAACUUUAUAUCGGAUUCAUCUACAGACUUGAUUCUACAGGUGGUGGAGUGGAUUAUAUCUUUCCCAAGGGCUCGUGCUAUUCUUGUAAAUGGUUCAGUUAGAAGAGGAGAGCGUCUGGUCCCUGUUUCAGCUCUCGAGCUGCUCAUCAGGGUGGCUUUCCCAGAUCUGUCAGCACGAUCAAAGGCAACCGAGAGGUUUCAAGCUGUAUAUCCCACCUUGAAAGAGGUAGCCAUUGCGGUUACUCCUGGAAGCGAAGAGGUUAAGCAAAUAACGCAGAAGAUAAUGAUGUUUACUAUCAAAGCAGCUGGAGAGGGAAUUCCUGAUCUAUCACAAGAGGCAAGUGACUUAUUUGUUUGGUGUUUAACUCAGAACCCCGACUGCUGCCAACAAUUGGACAACAUAUACCUAGAACAUCUCGAAGGAAGUGUUAUUCUCAAAAAACUAUCGGAUGAGUGGAAGACAAUCUCCUAUGAACAUCCAACUCUAGAUACCUUGAAGGAGAGCUUAAGGAAUUUCCCGGUGAAAAAUGAGAAGGUGUUGUUGUCUAGUGGGGUGAAUGCUGCUGAUCAAGCGUCAUUGAAGGAUGCAGAGAAGCACUGCAAGAUGCUAUUGAGACGAGUAUCUGAUGGCCCAAGCCCGAGGUGCAUCAAGAGUUUUCUUCUUGUAACUAUUGCCGUUGCAGUUGUUGCUGCUUUGCUUUUAUAUUGAAGGAGUCACUUAAUUGGAGAAGGGUGUUAUAAUUGUAUUUUUUCACUAUUUAUCUUUGGUCAUGCCAUUGUUGCAUGACCACAUUACAAGAGAACAAUGACGUUGAGUCUCUCAAAGUAUAGUGACCAAGUCAACUGUGUCUGUAAUUUAUCUAUUUAUUGAAUCAACUUAUGACUU